GGGAGGUGUUUGUUCUUAGAUGUGGUGCCUCUGACUCAUUGCAAGAAUGUCAAAUAGCUGCUUUGGUAUUUGCUAUAAUUCAGACAUUGCGUUGCGUUAGUGUUUUGGGCUAGUUGAUCUCUAAAAUGUCCUAAAUAAUCCUCUUUAUCAUCAUCAUCAUCAUUGUGGAACUUCUAGAUUAAUACAGUAUGGAUCUUCUGUCUGUGCUACUGUCAUCAUAGUGGACAUUGAGCAGGCCAGUUCGCUGGGCUCGGAGGGGAAGGAUGAUGAUAAGGUGGGUUUGUGGAGCCUAGAGGUCCAGGACUAUCAGGACAGUCUGGACAAGACCAGUCUGACCCCCAGCGAGGGAGAGGGUGACGGGGAGGGGACUGAGCCAGCAGGCAGCCCCAGCCCUAGGGGCCUCUCAACUCGGCCCCACAACCUAAGCCUCAGCCCCAGCCCCAGAGGGGGCCACUGGGCAGAGGGGGCCGAGGAGGAGGAGAGCCCUGGGAGUGAGCUAACCAUGGAGGACAAGGAUGGAGAGAGGGAGCAUGGAUCACUCAAGACCUAUACAGGUCAGAGGUCAGACAGUCAGGCCCUGGAGGACAUGGCCCACUAUGACUUCCUGGUGCAGCUGAGAAAGGCAUCCUCCCACCACCCUGCCUCCCAACACUACCACCAGCACCAUCAGCCCCCUAACGGCAGCGCUACAGCCCCAGCCAUGUAUCACCCUGGCAGCCUGAACCUCCACGAUGACCCCCUUCCCAUCUGGUCUACUGGGACGCAGUGCUCACCUGAGGGACAAGAUGGCAUCCCUCUGAGUCCUGAUACUCUGAGGGACCUUCAGGCAUGUCCUUUCUGCCAGCGCACCUACCACCUCGGUGCGUCUCUACGCGAGCACAUCAAGUUCUGCCAUGAGCGGGAUGGGGGGCACAUGGUGUGCCCGGUCUGUGGGUACACUGCCCGCUAUAGGGCACAGAUGGAACAACACAUGGCACUGCACAGUCAGGUAGAGGAUAAGCACCCUGUGUCCGAUCACGGCAUAGAGAGCAGGAAGUUCAAGUGUCUUCAGUGUGGGAAAGCCUUCAAGUACAAACACCAUCUCAAGGAGCACCUCCGCAUCCACAGCGGUGAGAAACCGUACGAGUGCUCCAAUUGCAAGAAGCGUUUCUCUCACUCCGGCUCCUACAGCUCACACCUCAGCAGUAAGAAGUGCCUGACUGGAGGAGGAGGAGGCAGCGGAGGAAGAGGGGGCAGCGGAGGAGAAGGAGGCAGCGGAGGAGGAGAAGGGAGCUAUAACAACGGACAUGGCCACCAUGGGGCCAACUACUCCUCCCUUGCGUCGCCCUCUGCAGGUAGUGGAAGGAACAGCAGUGGGAUGGGCUCUCCCUACCCUCCCCACACCCAGGAGGAACAUCCUCCAAUGGGGUUAGAGAGGAACCUGUAUCUCCCUAGAGACCAUGGUACGCGUCUCCUCCGGGGCCAGGAGCUAGGCUGGGAGUUGGGCCGGCGGUGGGACCCCACGCCGGAGCGCUUGCUCCGGGCCAGUGUGUUCAAGGAGACCAACCUGCUGCCGUACCUCCAUGCCGGCACCGGGGUAAAGUUUGAGCAGAUGCUGCAGGAGAUGCUGCACAGGGAGGAGGGAGGGUCUGGCUCAGCCAGGGAGGAGGGGAGACUGGGGGUUCACGAUGGAGGGAGAGACGGGAAGGCAUCACCGGAGGCUGCGUUGAAACUAAAAUGCAACCGUGCCGGCUCGGGUGAUGGCCAGGGGGUAGGUCGAGGGGUAACAUGUCGUUGGUGCUCUCAGCUCUUUCCCAGCCCCGCCAUCUUACUCCAGCACGAGCGCUACCUCUGUAAGAUUUACCGAGAGGCCAUGGAGGUGUCUGAGGAUCCUCACAGCAAAAAACACCUCUCUCCCCUCUACUUCUCCACCAGACCCCCUCUCCACCCACCACCAUCAGCAGAUAACCACAAACCCCCAGCGAUGACUAACGGUUUCCCGAAAGACAAGUCUCCUCUCCAGAGACCCAGCUGGAACUCUGUCCCUCAACAGCUGCUGGUUGCCAUGCACUCCCCCCUCCCGCCCAGCCCAGACUCACUUGCCAUGAGGUCCCAUUGGUCCAGCCAGGAGAGUGACAGGAGUGGCGGCAACCCUGGCCAACCAGCACCAACCAGCCCUGCUACAGACAUGUCAUCCCCUCCCCCAUUGGGGCGAAGUCGGGUCCCCUCUUCAGGGUUCGGCUCGCACCUCUGCCUGGACCUGUCCUCUGCCGUCCUCACCACUCCUGCAAGCCGAGCUGCCCCUCAGGGAAGGACCCACCGGUCGUAUAGCUCCGAGAAUGACCAACCCCUGGAUCUCUCCCUCCCCAAGCCCCAGGAGGGGAAAGCCCUAGAGGACAGCAAGCCCUAUAAUGGACACCCUCACUGGGAAGAGAAGAGACAGAAGACCCAGAGAAACCCAGCAGAGAACCAGCACUACCGGAGGCUGAGUGUCAGUCUCAGUCCACCUCCUCACCAGCAUCAUGCAGUCUACAGCGGCGCUCAUAUUGUCGGGGGUUCCAUCUACAGUGGCUAUCCUUUGUUUAACCCUAUGAUGCCUGCUGGGCUAGCUGGCUCAGGGCAUGAUGGGGUCCCCUCCCUGCCCCUCAGCCGUCCAGUUAGCAACCAGGGAUUCCUCUCACCCAUGACCUACAUGAUGGAGUCAGACACAGACGCUGUGCUGAAGAGGAUCCACCGGGAGAGACGAGCAUUAAUGGGUGAGGUGAUGGGCCGUGGGGGUCUGGACUACCUCUCUCUGAUACAGGAGGGAGGAGAGGGCGAGGGGGGACCAGGGAGGAAGAGACUAAAGAAGACAGACGAAGGCCUGUACGCUUGUGACAUCUGUGACAAAACCUUCCAGAAGAGCAGCUCUCUGCUCCGACACAAGUACGAGCACACAGGUAAGCGUCCUCACGAGUGCAAGAUCUGCAAGAAGGCCUUCAAGCACAAGCACCAUCUAAUUGAACACAGCCGCCUGCACUCUGGAGAGAAGCCCUACCAGUGUGACAAGUGUGGCAAGCGCUUCUCCCACUCGGGCUCCUACUCCCAACACAUGAACCAUCGGUAUGCCUACUGUAGCCUGCACCAGGACCAGGAGGGGGGUGAGGAGCUUCCUCUAACCCCAGGAGGGUCCACCGAUGUGGGCCACAUGGCCUUGGACACCCCCCUUUCCAUGGAGGACACCCCAACAUUUCUUAGUGACUCCAGUCUAGACGGGGGGAUAGAAGGGAGAGUAGAUGAAGAGGAGGAAGAAGAGGAGCACGAGACAGAAGAGACUGAAGGUGGACGUAUGAAGGAGGCAUGUAGUUUGUCAGGGUUAAGGUCUGGUGGGGGGUUGGGGCCGAGCCCCAGUCUGGCACAGGGGUCCCCUGUGGGGAGGGACAGAGAGAGAGAACAGAGGGAGAGAGACAAAGAGCAGGUUGACAGACACAAUGAAGAGAGAGAGAGUGCUGGUCUAGGGACUCACGGACUAGAGACCAAACAUCACUGGGACAAAGACACAUUGGAACGAAACGGAGACCAGAACACAGACACAUACGAGCUGAGCCCGGAAGCUACAGUGUCACAACAGUGGACAAGUGUGCCAAAACAAUGCAUCUAGCUACAUGUACAAAUAAGGAUUAAUAGGUGUGAAAAUACAUUUUCAAAAUGCACUGUUCAAAAUAUAGCAAAACGUAUACUGUACAGGUACAGUAAGUGACUUCCAAUGCAAAGCCAUAUGAACAUAACCAAAAUAAGGACCACAUGAACUGAUAGCAUAACAUAAAGUGCAUAGUGAGAGCCAUGGGUAUGAUAUUCACGCUGGUCGGUAUGUUAGCAUGCACAAUAUUGACCACUACAUAUCUGUCAUCACAGCUACCAGUUGACCACUUACGACUGGUUUAAGGUAAAGGUGAAGGAGUAUGCACUGCAAGGUGAUGUUGUUCAUGUUGUUCUGUAGCAAGCAGUGUUGUUCAAUGUGUUUCCAGUUGCCUUAUCGGUAUAAUACAGUAUUUUUUAUUUGGCAAUACAAGUUUUCACUUUUGAAGGUUUCUAUAUUAGAUUUGACAUCAUAUUCUCCAAAGACCAAGAGGUCUCUCUGUAUCAAACAAUUGACCUCUGUGUUUUAAAAUGAAUACGCAAUAAAUAAUAACUAUUGUUCAAAUUAGAAUAAAGGAUUAAAGAUGUAUUAUUUUUUGCCAAAGCUACAAAUUGGUUUAGGAUAUAUCCAUUAUGACUGUGGUCAGCUGCGCAUUCAUUAUGGGCAUUAGUAUGCAGAUAGAUUAGUGCCACAUUAUGUAAAUUGUUAUAUUGGCAGUAAUAUACUGUAUCUCCAUACAAACACAGAUUUACCAUUGGGUUUCCAUGGUGACUAAUGAAUGGCUAAUAUAGUGUCUAAAAGAUCAACAGGGAAGCCGGUCACUUCAAACGCUCACUGACUUUUACACUGAGCCAUUAGGAAGUUGAAUGUUGGGUAGCCACCCUAAGCCUGCUAAAGUAAAUCGAUUUCUCCAUACCUUACAGUAUUUCUACACACAAGGGAAAAACUAGAGAGUAUAUAUAUCCAAAUUAAAAUUGUUUUAUUUUGUUUUCUUUGAAGAAUAAGCAAAUAAAUUAAACUUGUACUGCCUCACAAAAUGAUCCAUAUCUCUUAACAGACAUGUGGAGUUGCUUUGUCUCUAUUAGAAAAACGCAAAUACAUUGUCUCGCUCUAUGAAAUAUAAGUGCAGUACUAUGCUUGUACCACAGUGUAGGUCGUACUACAGUUGCACUCGAAUAUAUUAGCCCCCUUGCACGAUUCACUAUUUCUUCUCAAAUAAGUUGAAAUUGAAAAACAGUUUCAUGUUCACACGUUUAUUUGUUUGGUUAAUAACUGCACAGUUUGUUUGUUUGUUUGGUUUGUUUGUUUGGUUAAUAACUGCACAGUUUUUAAAGGUCCAAUGCAACCGUUUUUAUCGCAAUAUCAAAUAAUUUCUGGGUAACAAUUAAGUACCUUACAGUGAUUGUUUUCAAUUUAAAUGGUUGAAAAUAAACAAAAUAAAUUCUUAGCAAAGAGCAAUUUAUCAAGCAAGAAUUUUGCUAGGACUGUCCUAGAGUGGGGAGGGGAAAAGUGAAAACUACCUGUUACUGGCAAAAAGGUUUGGAACUCUUUUUUCUUAUUGGUCUAUUAAAUAAUUUACUGCAUGGUGAUGUCACCAGGCAGGCCAAAACUCCAUCCUACCAAAACAGACUGACAUUUCAGGCAGUCUUUUCAAACAGCUCUUACACUAAAAGGGCAUUAUAAUUUUCAUAAUUUCACAGUAUUAUUCCAACCUCAUAGUGUGGAAAUAUAUAUAAAACACAUGGAAAUUAUGUUUUUGACUGCACUGGGCCUUUAAUCAAAACUGAAUUGAGAUUUUUCACUUCAAAUGGCCUGGAAUAAAUUACUCACAAUUCCAAUUAAUUUGGUUGGAGGCAGGUGAUUCUCAUUUACUGUGUAAUUGAUCUAACCUGUGGUAAGUAGCAGGUUGCAACAGGGUAAAAAUAGCCAUUCAACCAGUUUGGAAAAGAUCCAUUCUGAUCCAUUGCACUCUAUUGUAAAGUUUAAGGGUGCCAAUAGCACAACUAUAAUGCCACAACAAUGAAAGCAGUGUCACUUAUUUCAGUUCUGGUGUUACCAUAAAAAUAGAAUUUCUAGAACUGGACAUUCCUAUUCUUUCAGUCUCUAUUUCUAUGGGUGGGUCCACAGCGACAGAGUCAAGCAAGGUCUCAGAACAGAUUCUAUAACAUUUAUCAUCUUCAUACUUCCUCUAUCUGACUGUGGUGUAGUCCAUGUGAAAACCGCCUCAGAUAUACAGUAUUCAGCCACUUUGAGUCAUCUGUAACUUCUCUGCUACAGUCGAUAAGAUUGAGUUACAGAGAGCUGAGAUGUGACCAAGCCAGUGUCUUCAGUACAUACUGUACUACUGUACCUGUGUGGUAGACUGGCUAACAUCUAAUGUGAAGUCUUCCUGACUUCAGAGUCUGGAAAGGCUGUUUUGAUGUUGUCAGCACGAUGCGUCGAUAAUUAAUGGGGCUGUGCUUUUACUGGUUGGCUCUCCUCCGUGUCUUUCUCCCUCAAACACCCACAUACACAGCCCCCCGAGCGCUGCCCCACUUCCGUUACAACUGUUGGAAUUUCAAAUCCAAACAAUGAGAGGUCACAACUCCCCAGGAAAAACAAUCAAACAUUUGAGAGAACCAAUUAAUGCGUCCACUCAAUUUCUGAGCAAAUAUUGCAUUUACAACAGCCUCCUGUCCAGACCAGUGUGUCACGCAGGGCCGUCAUACCUUUGCUCAAGACCAAACAUUUAAAGUAGGCUGAACAAAUGUACCAAAAUCAUUAAAAUCCCAAUUAAAAUGCAUAGCAUAGGCCAGAGACAGUGCCAGUUUGCUUUGUCAGUUAGUCAGUGCAUCCGAUUGCUUUGAAAUUGAUGUCGGCAUUUGAACUCGGCCUUGUAUACCUUGUUGUAAUCUGAUAGCCAUGUGUUAAUUUAAUUGGGAAUUGGGAGGUGAGGGAUCCCUCCUUUUUGGAUCAAUCUUGAUGGCAAAAUGUCAUUAAAUAUUGCUAAGUUAUUUAGCUAUAGUAUGGAUGUAGGGUUGUUUUUUAAAGUAUAAUAAUCACCCAUAUAGUGCAACUAAUAUCAGAUAGACAAGCUGGUCCGCUCCAGCCAUUACCAGGAGCUCAUCCUCCCAAAUAAGGUGCCACCAACCUCCGUGGUUGCAAUCAAUAUUAUCAGCCGCCUGGUUGAUAGAAAAUGUUUCAAUAUUCUCUGAGCCGCUUCGUUCGUUGAUACAACGCUUCAAUAUUCGCAGAAUGUUUGCCUUCCCUGGCGAAAAAUGCAAACGAGACAAUGAGCUGGGCGCACACUUGAGGAACAUCUCUGGAUGCAGCACAACGAGCACACGAAACAAUGCCACUGUCAUGGUAGGACUAUGCGCCGUUCCACAAGUGUGGCUUCAUAUAUAACCUUACAUAAGACAGAUGGUUACCUAAGGCAAAAUCAAAAGGAGGGUGGAUGGGUGGGCGUUGAGAGUUUGAAUCUCAUCACAGAUAACGUGAAUGUCUAGCAACCCGAAGGUUGCGAGUUUGAAUCUCAUCAUGGACAAUUUUAGCAUUUUACCUAAUUAGCAACUUUUCAACUACAUGUUUUAGCUACUUUGCAACUCGGUACAGAAAGGCAUAGUGGAGCUCCAUGGCUUGGGAUUGGUGCUGAAUGGACAGCCCUCUGUCUAGAGCCAGCUAUAUAAUUAUUUCGUUUGUGGGCAGUUCUUUGGGCACCAUGAUGUUUUAAUAAACAUCUUUAUUUUGCAUUCAAGCCUCAGUUUUUGAUUUAUUCCUUUUUUCGACAGUGUACAGGUUUCCAUCUCUUCCAGUUGGUGGGCAGUUAGACAUUUUUGGGCACAGAUAGCCAGGGGCACACUCCAACACUCAGACAUAAUUUACAAAUGAAGCAUUUGUGUUUAGUUAGUCCACCAGAUCAGUGGCAGUAGGGACGACAAGGAAUGUUAUCUUGAUAAGUGUGUGAAUUGGACCAUUUUCAUGUCAAAAUCUAAUGAGUACUUUUGGGUGUCAGGGAAAAUGUAUGGAGUAAUAAGUACAUUAUUUUUUUUAGGAAUGUAGUGAAGUAAAAGUAAAAGUUGGCAAAAAUAUAAAUAGUAAAAUAAAGUGCAGAUAACCCAAAAAACGACUUAAGUAGUGCUUUAAAGUAUUUUUACUUAUGUACUUUACACCACUGUGUUUUGUAUGGUAUGUAUUCAUAUGUGGAUGUCCACCGCCCAUUUCGUAUGAUAUUUUAGUAAUUAUAAUUCGUAUUAUAUGUUUCAAAUUUGCAAAAAGUUCAAAAUAUGUUACGAAUUUGCAAACAAAGGAUAUGUUAUGAAUUUUAGCUAGGUGGCUAACAUCAGCUAGCUCUCUAAUGUUAUGCAUUUGUAGAUUUUUCUUUUGUGUUUCGUUAUUUUCAUAAUUCUUUGGUCAAGUUUGUUUGUCUUCAUGCGUCGUUGUCGAUUGUAGGCCUAAGUAGGUCCUUUGAUGUAGCCUAUGCCUUUUCUUUCAAUGCAGGGUAGGAUUUAUCUGGCGUAGUUUGCAUUCGCGGUCAGCUGUUUUAUACACCGGUUACUUUCACGUUGAUGUUGGCAUUUUAAGUCGGCCUUGUUGUGACUUGAUAUCGUGUAUUAUGCCUCGAUUUCACGUUCACUGUAUUCGCCGUUCCACAAGGAAGUGUUUCAAUUCAUGAUGAGGUUGAGUAGUGGUUGACAUUGCAGCCUAUUUUCUGUUGUUGUUGUUGUUGUUUUUGUUGUUGCUGUUCUCCAAAUAGCAUUUUAGAGUUUUUCAAUUGUGUAGAAAUGCAAUAAAUGAGCUUCAACCUCCUAAAGAAAAUCAUACUUUGCCAUAUCCUAGGUUUAGCUGAACUGAUACCACUGGUGUCACAGCUCUUCCUGGACUGUGUCAAGUCAGUCAUGUCAGCCAGGGUACCUGUGUGGAGCCAUACUAGUGCCAACAGAAAUUAGAUUUAAAUUCAAUCAUUUUGAAUUUGUAUUCAGAAAGUGAAUUUGAAUUCAAUAGUUCUGAAUUUGUGUUUCACAAAUUGCCUAUGCCUGACACUUACUCUAUCACUAUGAAUUGAAAGCCCAUCAUGGGCUUGUCAAUAUUUAGUAACAGAGAGUGUAGUCAUAUAUCCAAUCAACCAACUUCAAGAUGAUCCAAUUUUGUAGUAUUGAACUGCAAGCUUACAACUGCCUCAUGCCACCAGCUGUUGUUAAUUUUAUUAUAUGUAUAUCUGCACAAACAUACUUUUAUCAGGCUGUAUUUUUUUAAUCAA